UUGAGUAUUAUCAGCAUAAUUUAGUACUAUUUACUUAAAUUUUUGGAAAUUGUUAUUAUACUUUACUGAACAGUAAACGUUUGUACUGGCUCGCUGUUUCGAAGUAUUGAAGUGUUUUAAGUUCGAAAACGUCCAAAAACCAUCAAAAAUGUCUCUCCUCAGUCAUUGUGGAUUUCAAGACAGCGGCAUUCAUGAUAUCACAAAGGAUGAAGUAACCACUGGUACUACCAUCAUAGCUGCUAUUUAUGACGGUGGUGUUAUAAUCGGAGCCGACUCUCGUACUACAACUGGAGCAUAUAUUGCUAACCGAGUUACUGAUAAAUUAACAAAAGUAUGUGACAAUAUUUACUGUUGCCGGUCAGGUUCGGCUGCCGAUACACAAGCUAUCACAGACAUUGUUGCAUACUAUAUGGAUUUAACAAGUAUUCAAAUGGAUGAGCCGCCACUUGUCAGAGCUGCUGCCAAUGUGUUUAAAAAUCUGAUUUAUGAGAACAGACAUCAACUGACUGCUGGGGUCAUCGUAGCUGGAUGGGACAGCAGAUUUGGAGGACAAGUAUAUUCGAUCAAUGUAAGUGGUACAAUUGUUCAACAAAACAUAUCAAUUGGUGGUUCUGGUAGUUCCUAUUUGUAUGGUUUUAUGGAUUCUCAAUAUAAAGAUGGAAUGACCCAACAAGAAUGUGAAAAUCUUGUACUUAACGCAAUUUCAUUGGCAAUUAAACGGGAUGGUUCAAGUGGAGGUGUCGUUCGUAUGGGUGUAAUAAACCAUACUGGUAGCAUUCAAAGAAAAUUGGUUCUUGGAGAUCAACUUCCAAAAUUUUAUGAUAAUAUCUAUGAAGAAAAACAGGUUGAAGUAUCUGGAGGAGAUGCUACUAUGGUUUAAUUUUUUUUUUUUAAUAAUAAUUUGAAUUGUUUUGGUAAAAAAAAUUAUUUUUUAUUAUAAUAUCUAUAUACUAAAUAAAACUGAAUAAAUUCAUUAAAUAAACAUUUAAAUACUUACCUUUAAAUUGAUUCACUGAAAAUAAUAAAGACCGUGUUUAUUUUUGUAUUUUUUUUUUAAAACAUUUCCACUUGUUUAUAUGAUAUUGGAAGUUAAUUUUUUUUUCAAUAAUACACCUAAACAUAAUUAAAUUCUGCUUUUAUUUAUUUGAUGUAUAAUGUUAUUCACUAACAUAAGUUAAGUAAGUUAAGUAUUUAACUGUUAUAGUACGUUUUAAUAUCAAAAUGUAUAGUUGAAAAUAUUCGUGGUUGUAACAGCAGAGGCGAGGAAAAAAGUAAUAGUGUAUUAAAUAUUUUAGUUUAAAUAUAAUUUUCAAAUUUAAGAAAAUACAUUGUAAAUGUUGUGAUCAUAGCAUAUCAUAUCAUAUUAUGCAUGUGCAUCAUUAAUAAGUGAAGAUAUGUAUUUAAAAAAUUUUCUUUUGUACCAUUAAUUUAUGUUGUAGUUAAAUUUGUAUCAGUUACAGGAGAAAAUGUAAAGUUAUUGGGAAAACUGUUGGUUAACGUGAGACUGUGGUUACAUUGAAAGCGAAACUGUUUGUUUAGAAUUAUUUGUCAUAACCGUAUCUUUUGGAAAUCUUCCUUUUUCCGAACCACGCACCAUUACAUUCAAUUUUUUUAUUUUAAUUCGUUUAGUCCAAGUAAGUUGUACAACAGAAGCACUGUCAGAAUGAUCACUUAAUACACUCUUUGAUUUAGAGCGUAAAUGUUUUUUGGUCUUUUUGACCGAGUCAGUUUUUGCAACAUAAGUUAUUGCUUGUUUAUCCCCAUUGUAUACUACUAAACUAUCUCCCACAACCACUGGUCAGUCUUUAUGAAAUGGUACAUUUUCAAUGUUAUUAGGUGUAGACAUUAUAUCUGUUAAAUACAUUUAAGAAACAAAACACAGCAUUUUAAUAAAUUUGUUAUAACAAGUAUAAUUGGAUUGAAUAUAGUGUGAAAGCAAAUGCUGUUUUCUGUUUCAA